AUGCCCGGUGAUAAGAUCAAAUGCUUAGGAUCGCAGGUGGCAAUGGGCAGGGCAACGCAGCCUUAUGAGAUCGCACCUUCUUAUGUUUUCUUGGCAUGCGAUCGCUGUUCUUCCUAUUUCACUGGCCAAGUUCUUCAUCCUAAUGGUAAGGUGUUCUGGAAAUCCCAAAUCUCUUGUGGUUGUAAUACUACUUAUGGACAUUUACAAAUAACGGAUAUUUUCCAAACUGCAGGUGGAAGGAUUGCCAAUGGUUGA